UUGAAGGUUUCGUAAAUUUUAUUAUUGAUGGUCAGUGAUGCAGAGGUAGAAGUUGGAAUGUACUUUACUAUGGGUAUGCAACAUUUAUCCGAUAUUUGAUUCGUUGUUACUCAUAAAUGUAUAAAUGUGAAUGGAUAUCAAUCCGUCUUUUGCAUUAAUUUUGUAUGUAUUUAUUGUCAUCUCAAAAUUUCUUCAUUGCGGCGGUUCAGACAAUGUUAACAGUUCGUCCAUUAUCAGUAACGAGAGGAAAUCCUAUCGAAUUGUCAGAGAACGGUCAAUACCUGAUAAUGACGACCGUUUUCUUGGAUUUCAUUUCACUGAGGAGCCUACAAAUACGAUAGCAAAGGCUGGACGGGUAGAGUUGAAUUGCCGAUAUGCUGUAUCAAUAAAAAAUCUUUCGUCUCGCAUUGAAUGGCGAAAAGAUGGUGCAGAGUUGGGUUCAUUACGAUCUGCGGGAAAAGUGUUUGUGGCAUCUUCCGGUUCAUUAAUUAUUGAAAAUGUUGGAUCCACCGAUGAAGGCUUAUAUCAAUGCGCAGUUCAUGUAACAGACAAAAAAAGUUUUGUUUGGACGUAUCUUUCGCGACGAGCAACUGUUCGGUUGCCUUUUCUUAGCAGGUUCGAAAUACAACCAGAAGAUCGUGAAGUGCAUACCGGACAAAAUGUUGCGUUUGCUUGCAUGCUGGAUUCUCAACCUUCAGCUCACAUCGAAUGGUUUUUCAAUGGGAAGCGAAUUAGUGACCGAGAUGAUAGUUCCAUAACAAUAUUUCCGAUUACUUCAACGCUUGAAAUAAGUAGUGUCUUACCCAAGCAUGAGGGUGCUUAUCGUUGUGUUGCAACGAAUGAGGGGAAAACUCGUUCCAGCCGUGAUGCUCAACUUACGAUAAAACCUGAAAACAGUGUUGACAAUGAGUUUUCGGAACCAUAUUUUAUUCUGGAACCGCGAGGUGACGUAGUGAAAGAAGGCGAAUCAGUGGUAUUAGAAUGUCUGGUAAAUGGAUGGCCACGACCAGAUGUACGAUGGUUGAAAGGUGCCGAGACUAUAUCGAUAACUGGAGACGGAAUGCGUCAGUUAGGUUCAUCCUCGUUUAUAAUUCUGAAAGCGAAAGCACAGGACGCAGGUGUUUAUACUUGUAGAGCAAGUAAUAGUCAAGAAUCAUUAGAUGCAUCAGCUACUAUACAAGUUAAAGUAGCACCGAAAAUCAUAUCCGAGCCAAACGACGUUGUGGCACAAGAAACGACGGAUGUGGAGUUCAAUUGCGAAGCUUCGGGAGAACCCGGUCCGGCUAUUAGUUGGUAUAAAAAUGGCGAAACAAUCAUCGCGAGUGAAUAUUUUGUGAUAGAAGCAACCCGCUUACGGGUGCUGGGUUUGGUACGAAACGACCAGGGUGUAUAUCAGUGCAUUGCUGAAAACGACGCUGGAUCUGUGCAGUCCAAUGCCCAGUUAAUUGUUGAUAGCUCUGAUUCAUUUUCAAUGGCUGCUUCAAGUGGACAGCCGAAAUUACCAUCAGAACCGCUAGGUGUUCGUGCAAGUGUUGUUGGGAGUCGUUUUGUGGUUCUGACUUGGGAUCCUCCUGUGCAGCACCAUGGUGCUGUUUUAGCUUAUCACAUUUUCUAUAAGGAGCAAGAUUCUUCAAGGGAACGGAUGCUGAACUCGUCAGCGACAUCGUUCACGGUGACUCCGUUACAGCCGAAUACUACCUACGUUUUCCGGUUGGUUGCCGAAAAUGAAGCGGGUAUGGGGAAGUCAAGUACACGUAUUCUUAUUACGACGACAGAGGAAAAGGCAGUUCCUGGUAAAGUGAAAAAUCUGCACGGCACGGCUUUGAGUCCGGAAACUGUUGAAGUAUCCUGGGAGCCACCAGGCGGGAAUGGACCUGAGCCAGUACAGUACAAAUUGUUCUAUAUCCGAAAGAAUCAUGAACCGAAUGAAAAGGAAACGCAGAUUGUGAUGAAAAAGACGUCUUAUACUCUUCAUGGCAUGGAGAAAUAUGUCGAGUAUAUUAUUCGAGUGGAAGCAGAAGGUGUAAAUGGUGCUGGUCUAAGCUCUGAACCAAUUACUGUAAGAACACUGUCGGAUUUACCGUCACUGCCUCCUAGCGAUGUUAGAGCUGAAGCAAUUUCAACUACCUCUAUCCUUGUACAGUGGACAUCAUUAUCAGCAGAAGAUAGGAAUGGUAUACUGACUGGAUAUCGAAUAAAGUAUAAAACAAGGUUGCGUGGUGCAAAAAGCAAUACCUUAGUGGUUGAUGGAAACAACAGUUCAUACACUAUGUCAGGUCUCGAACCUGGUACACAGUAUAUGCUUCGAGUUGCGGCUGUUAACCAGAAUGGAUCUGGUCCAAAUUCGGAUUGGGUUCAUGUUGAUACACCGUUAGAAGACAAAGACGAAGGACAAGUGGCAGGGCCGCCACUCUCGUUGAAAGUUCAGCCAUCUUUGGAUUCAAUUCAGCUUUCUUGGCUGCCACCUAGGGAUGAUAGUGUUAUGAUCCGUGGCUACCUAAUUGGUUGGGGAAUCAAUAUACCGGACGUGGACCAAGUGAAGGUGCCAGCAAAUUUACGGUUUUAUACGAUUAAUGGCUUGAGACCGGGCCGUGAUUACGUGAUUUCGUUGCGUGCGUACAAUAUGAUAGGAAAUGGUUUUCCAAUCUAUGAAACAGUUCGAACCCUUUCUCCGGAUUCUAAAUUCAUCGCAAAUGGACAACAAAAUAGCAGAGAUUCGGGGCGAAGUGAAACACCGAUUGGUGUUAGGGCGUUGACACUUUCGUCAUCGUCGAUCCGAGUAGCGUGGACUGAUGCUGAAAUGGAUAUGCCUUAUUCAAGGCAGUACACUGUACGGUAUGGUUCCAGUAUUGAUAAUGGUGGACAGCGACGUUAUAUCAAUACAUCUGAACUUGAAGUAAUUGUUGAUGGACUACGGCCCAAUACUCAGUACGAAUUUGCGGUGCGAGUGAAUGCUGGAAAAUCCUCAUCCAUGUGGUCCAUGACUGCAGUAAAUUCGACAUAUCCAGCACCACCGUCUAGUGCACCACGUGACCUGACUAUCAUGCAGCCAACUGAUGGUGAUCCACAAACACUGAUACUGAAUUGGCAGCCGCCUAAGUAUGCUAAUGGCGAUAUUGAGGAGUAUUUGGUGUAUUAUGCAGAUCGAUCGGAUGCACCGGAUAAGGACUGGGUUCUGGAUGGUGUAAAAGGUGACCAUUUAUCAAUCAAACUUACCAAUUUGUUGCCACGACAGACAUAUUUCUUUAAAGUUCAAGCGCGUAAUAUCAAAGGAUAUGGUCCGUUGUCUCCAACAUUACAAUUUGUCCCUGGUGCACCAUCACCGCGGAUAUUCCAGAGUGUUGACAUUGAUUUGGAAAGCCCCGGCCUUUCGCUGUUUUCUACGCCAGUUUAUCUGGCACUCAUGGCAGCAAUCAUCGUUCUGUUGAUGAUGUUGUUGAUCACUGUGAUUUGGUAUGUGAGAUCAAAGAAAAGCAAGAAAUCAACAGCAUCAGGCUAUAUGCGUGGAAGAAAACAAACGAGAAAUGGCAAAGGGCCGCCUGAUUUAUGGAUUAAUCAUCACAACGGGGGAAACCAAAUGCAUGAGCCGGAGGAUCUGAUUGAAGACGCUCUUGCAACAUCGUCAAACGAUUUAAAUCACUGCGGUGAUGUAAUUGAAAUGGUCGAUUCGCCACGAUCUCAAUAUCUUACUGUCCAAGCUCACUUCACCGAUCCCGAAUAUAUUGAAGCGAGGAUGACUCAGUCGGCUCAUGAUGGUAUCAUUCAGCGACGGCGGCCUGUGGGAAAAGCAGAAUUAAUCUCCACUCAUGCCGUUAUGUCACAGAAUCCACUGCCCGGUAAUGGUACUUUAACACGAAGUUAUCAUCAGUCGUCGACCAGUCUUGAAGGACGACAAAGAACUCCUCAAAUUGUUUACACAAAUACAGGCCGACAUCAGGUAGCUAAAAUCGAUUUUUCUGACCAUAGCUCGACGUAUAGUUCGUCUCAGGCACUUCACUUAUCAACCCCACCUCCACCUCAGUUACCCAACCAAGGGCCGCCCGUUGCUCCACCCUCGCAAUUGCUCAGCAGCGAUGGUUAUCGGACCUUACGCAGAAAUUCUGUCAGUUCAAAUCCAUUGAAAUCAUUUACACAACUUGCUGGAGCACCACCACCAAUCACUCCUUCAUCAGGUGAACGAAUGGCACAUGUCGUUAGACCUCUAGUAGUUGCAUCACCAAGUACUAGAAAUGGAAAGCCUGCUGGUGUUGUUAUUGGUCAAAAAUCAUCUCAUGUUCCUGUGGGACGUGCAGCUGCACAGCCGCGCGUUAAUGUUAAUAAUAUUUAUGCACCGUAUGCAUCGUGUACGAUACCUGAGAAAGCUACAUUGCAACGUGAAAAUGUUAUUGAAGCGCAACCAUUGCAGGCUUCAGCUUCCACAGAGGAACUGAAUGCCCAGAUGGAAAAUCUGGAUACAAUGAUAGAUGAUCUACAAGCGCUUCAACAUGAAUUCAGCGCUGCAACAUAACUAUGUGCUGUCAGAUUGGUUAUGAUAUAAAAGCUGUCUUCACUCUUCCAGUAAUUUCUCGAAAAUUCCUCAGCAAGCUGGUCGAUAACGAUCUCAGUUCUCGGUGUGUUUUAUUAAAUGGAUAUAUGUUAAUUCGGAUGUACAGCAACAUUUGAUGAUGGUGACA